GGAGGUCAUAUUAAAAGUUAGUAAAAUAAAAGAAAUAAAGAAAAAAAAUCCCAAUUCAAGCCAGGUUAGCGUUAUCCCUAAUCCGGAUAGCGAUUUCCGGUUUCGAUUGUUUGAACUGAUAAAUCAAAGAUGGGGGCUAAUCCGUCACCAACGGACGCAACGACCGAUCUUGAUGAGCAGAUCUCGCAGCUCAUGCAGUGUAAGCCACUUCCCGAGCAGCAGGUCAAAGCAUUAUGCGACAAGGCAAAGGAAAUAUUAAUGCAAGAAAGCAACGUCCAGCCUGUUAAAAGUCCUGUGACAAUUUGUGGCGAUAUUCAUGGACAAUUUCAUGAUCUUGCUGAACUUUUUCGAAUUGGAGGGAAGUGUCCAGAUACAAACUACUUGUUUAUGGGGGAUUAUGUGGAUCGUGGGUACUAUUCUGUUGAAACUGUUACGCUAUUGGUGGCUUUAAAGGUCCGUUACCUGCAGCGGAUUACAAUUCUCAGAGGAAAUCAUGAAAGCCGCCAGAUCACUCAAGUUUAUGGGUUUUAUGAUGAAUGUCUGCGAAAGUACGGUAAUGCUAAUGUUUGGAAGAUCUUUACAGACCUAUUUGACUAUUUUCCAUUAACUGCUUUGGUGGAGUCAGAAAUAUUUUGUCUGCAUGGUGGAUUGUCCCCUUCAAUUGAAACCCUGGAUAACAUAAGAAACUUUGAUCGCGUCCAAGAAGUUCCUCACGAGGGGCCCAUGUGUGAUUUAUUGUGGUCUGAUCCAGAUGAUCGAUGUGGUUGGGGCAUCUCACCUCGUGGUGCUGGAUAUACUUUUGGCCAGGAUAUAUCUGAACAAUUCAAUCACACGAACAGCUUAAAGUUGAUUGCUAGAGCACAUCAGCUGGUUAUGGAUGGGUUUAACUGGGCACAUGAACAAAAGGUGGUAACUAUAUUCAGUGCCCCUAAUUAUUGUUAUCGCUGCGGAAACAUGGCUUCAAUUUUGGAAGUUGAUGAUUGCAAAAAUCACACAUUCAUCCAGUUUGAGCCAGCUCCAAGGAGAGGAGAACCCGAUGUUACUCGUAGAACGCCCGAUUACUUCCUCUGAAGAAACUCUGCAAUAACUGGUUCUAGAUACUUCACUUUUCCUGAGUUCCCCCCAUUACACAGUCAGGUAGUUGUUGAUCGUUUGCCGAAGUCGCUUGGAUCUACUACCCGCCAGUUUUUUACAUUCCAUGUUUCAUUUUAUUUUAAUUUUCAAUCUUUUUUCCACGACAAUGAUGAGUACCAAAAGCAUGUGUAGUAGGCUAGAAAGAUGGCCUUUAAUGUUACACUUGAGUGUUGUGUCGAAAAGAAGAUUUGCAUAGCUGAAAGACACACCAUAAGAUUGUAGAUUUUUGUGUUUGUUUUCAAUUUUAUGUAUCGCCUUUCCUCUUAUUUUCGACUCAUCGAAACUUUUUGGGCUCUGUACCGGAUAUGCAAAACUUCUAUAUUUAGUGGGUGUUUUCCAUGUUA